AUGUCAUCAAUCUCAAUGGAUGUUCCAAUAUUACAAAUCAAUGAAUAUGAACUUCAGAAUCUUGUUCGUUUUAUCUACAAACACGAAAAACUUUUGAAAGAGUUCGGUGGCAUUAAAAUUCAACUGAAUGCUGAUUGUAAAUUAGCCUUGAAGAAGCGACGAAAAAACAUGAUGUCAAAUCCAAUCCCUGAACAGAUUGUGAAAAUGAGUUCAAAUGAACUUAUCUACUCCAUCGAAAAAAUUGAUCAGAACUACGACUUUACUCAAUACAAGGCAACAACAACAACAACAACAACAACAACAAACGAACGCAAUUUUUGGUCCUCCUUAUCUCGUUCCAGUGACGAGCGACGCCAAGUCAACAUUUCACUGUUACCAAAUCAAAGUUUUUUUUCUCAAAAACAAUCUCGGAUAUAUUUUGAUAUUCAUCGUUUACCUCAGCAAUCGCUUCUCAAACUGGGUGGUAGCAAAGUGACGCGCCAAUUCGUUCCAUGCGCGAGAAGAGCACAUGGUCCGGGCGCUGUUUUUCCAUUGACUUCUACUAAACAAGGUCUCUUCUCAAUCGACUAUCACCAUGAAGGUGGUGUUCAUCAUUGGUACAUUAUUCCAAUUUCUCAGCGUGAAGUUCUACGGAAAAUAAGUGAUCAUAAAAACUCUUCCAUUUGUCUCGAGCACGGAAAGUUACUCAUUGAUCCUUCAGUACUAGAUAAACAUCGUAUUCGUUAUCAUCGAAUUCUUCAGCAUCCAAACGAGUUUGUAGUUUUAUCUGCUGGUACACUAGCACAGAGUUUCACGGAAGAUGCCAGUUGGAGCGAGUCAAUCACUUUUGCUUUACCUAGUUGGGUUCAAGACUAUCAUGCAAGUGUGGUAGCUCCAUCAUGUCAAUGCAAUAUCUCACAUGAUUCUUCGAUGAACACAAUUGAUUCUACCAUGUUUAGACAAGAACUCAUACAGCGAUACAUUGAUUCUUAUCUUGAUAUAAAUACGGAAGAAAAAUCAAUUGCUUUGAAAGAGUGCGCCGAUACGGAUAUGUUUACAAUGUCAAAGUCAACGAGCAUCAAAGCCGAUCUAUCAAAAGCUGCAACAAUAGCGCCGACAAACAUGAAACCCAUCAUAAUACUAAAUUCAAUCGUGUCAUCUAAUCAAUUCACGCCAAAUUCAAUGUCAGCACCGCCCACCAGAAACUGCUUUUAUGAAGACGACCAAAAGAACUUCGAUAACGAUAAUGCUCAAAUGCAUUAUAAACUAUUGGAAGAAGGCAAUUUUUAUAAUGCAUCGGACUGGAGUGGAUCUGAUAUAUCACUGAUCAAUUCAAUUUUGAGUGAGCAUCUAUCUGAACAGGAUACAAAAACUAGUGAACAAAAUGAAACUACUCCUACAUCGUCGACCAUUCAUCGAACUGUUACGAACAAUUGUAGUUCAGACAACUAUUUUCUCCCUUUACAAGAGCUAAUGGAUUCACUACAUUCUACUGCAGACAAGGCUCUAUCAACACAUAGACAAGUUAAUCACAACAUCAGUACAAGUUGCUCAUCAACAGUUACAACAAAUACUCAUAACAGAUAUACCAAUAACCGAAGUCAUGCGAAGAAGAAAUUUGCAUUUGAUCGAAUAAUAAAUAAUGGCAAAACACUUUUCGUAUCGGGAUUAAGAAGUGACGUAGAUAAAAAUGAUAUACGUAGUCAUUUCACUGGUUCUAUAAAGGUCGUAAUAAAGCAGUAUCGUUCAACAUCACAUCUGAAGUAUGCCUUCGUGUAUCAUCGUACAUCUCAUGACGCCAAAAACAACAUUCGGCGACUCAUAAAUUUUAACCUUCUUGGAGAUGAAUGUCAUGUAGAAUAUGCAAAUGCAUGUUCAAAUAUCUCCAAUGAUAAUCAAAUAUCUAGCAAAAGGAAACUUGCGAUUAAAAAAAUACCUUACAAUGUCAGCGAAGACGAUUUGCAACGUUUAUUUGUCAAUUGUCGUAUAUUAAAGUAUUGCCCAGCACGCAUCACUUAUUCUACAACUAGAAAAAUGGAAAAUAAAAAUAAAAACGAAAGUAAAAUUUUAUUUGGGUACGCUUUCAUUGUAUGUGUUGAUGAACAAAGCGCAGAGUAUAUUAUCACACAUGUUGACCAAUACAAAAUCAAUGGCCACCUACUUGAUGUUUCACUCUAUCAAAACCAAAGACAGCGAUCUGCAGCUAAAGUAUAA